CGGCCGUGCGGGAGCAGUGGGGCGGCGGGGACUGUGCCGGCUGCAUCCACCGCCCAGCCCGGCGCUGGGGACAGCCAUGGGGAGCAGCCGCCGCUCCAGCUGCCGCGGAGAAACUCCCCUCCGGAUGUCGGCUCCGGGUGGCCUGGUCUGAGCAGGAGCGGGAGGAGGGAGAGGAGGAAGGGCCGUAGCAGCGGCGGACUGUGCAAGUUGCGCUCUGCCCUUCUUCUCCCCGGCCCGUCUCCCACCCGCGGAGCAGCAUGCGGACUGGCCUCCGCGCUCUCUCAGAUGUGCUCUGGCUGCCGCCGCCUUCAGUGCAUCCUGCUGCUGGCAGCGCUCACCCGGGCGCUGGAUGAGACGGGAGCAGGGAGAUCGCUGCUGCGGUUCCGCCCGCUCCUUCAUGCGGGCUUCUGCUCCGGCGGAGGUCGCACCGCCGCCGCGGAGGAGCCGGGCUGCCCUCCCGCCCCGCGCUCGCCCGCCCGGGGGGCCCGCAUGGCGUGCUACCUGGUCAUCAGCUCCCGGCACCUCAGCAACGGGCACUACCGCGGCAUCAAAGGCGUCUUCAGGGGACCGCUCUGCAAGAAGGGCGCUCGCUCGCCGGACUACGCUGAGAAGGAGAAAGCUGCAGCUAAGGCCCUGGAGGAUGUGAAGGCUAACUUCUACUGUGAACUGUGUGACAAGCAGUACCACAAACACCAGGAAUUUGACAACCACAUCAAUUCUUAUGACCACGCUCACAAGCAGAGAUUGAAAGAUUUAAAACAAAGGGAAUUUGCUCGAAAUGUAGCUUCAAAGUCAUGGAAAGAUGAGAAGAAACAGGAAAAAGCACUCAAGCGACUCCACCAGCUUGCAGAGUUACGGAAGCAGUCAGAAUGCAUCACUGGGAGUGGACCAUUGCUUAAAGCCCCCCGAUUAGUCCUGGAAAAGCAGCAAUCACCAGAUGGCAUUUUCCUGUACAAGGGCGGCAAGUUCGCAGCAAGUUCUCAAAGAACCACUGCAAGCGGAGGACAAGGCUUCUCCAAAAGCAUACUAGAGAAACAGCAACUUAUAAUAAGCAGGCACCACCACCCAACUGGAAGACACCAUGCACUUGGAAAUCACAUCUCACAAAAGUUCCCAUACAGCAACAAUACCUCUCAAAGGGCAGGAGUGUCUUUUUCAUUCUCUAAAAAGGUCCCUUUGAAGCUUGAGUCUUCAGCAUCCGUCUUCAGUGAGAACUGUGAAGAAGGAAAUGAUUAUAGUGAGUCCCCCAACCAUAAAAAAAAGCAAACUAUUGAGGGCUGUCAUUCUGUCACACUUUUGGAGGAACAACUGAAAGCAAGUUUGGAUAAAGAGUCACCUAUUGCACAAGACCAAAUGGAUUUCGAUAACAGUGAAUCAAGUCAUGUAGCUACAAAACCUAAAAUGCUAAAGGAAAAUGAUAAAAGUAAUGAUAGGGAAUCAGAAAAAAAAUUCAGAUCUAAUCCUUCAUUUUCUAAAGUCAAAAUACCACUUCCAAAUUUGAAUUUUUCUGCUUCACUGAGAGAAACAGAGCAAGAGAGCAAACUGAAUGAAUCUGAGCAAUUCUUAGAAACUCCCAUCUCAUCUUCAUGCCAAGCUAGCAAUUUUUGUACACAGCUGAACACUUACAAGCACAGUAAUACCCACCUGCCUGCCCAGUUGUCUGAGCUCCCUCGACAGCCAGCACCUGAGCUGACCUGUUCAAGCAACAUUAAUGACAGUCCUGGAGUGAUAAAAAGAGAAAGAUCUUUGGAGAUUACAGAAACCACAGAUGGAAAUAUGGAAACACUUGAAAAGCAGACCAUGGUUAAAGAAGUUAAGCCCCAGGCAUUGCCUUUCCUCCAUGUAGUGAGUAAAGAUGGGACCACUGCUCUGCAGUGGCCCACAGAAUUACUUUUGUUUACAAAAACUGAGCCCUGUAUUUCAUAUGGCUGUAAUCCAUUGUAUUUUGACUUCAGACUCUCUUUAAAUCACAGGGAGGGUAAACAGCAUGAAACAAACAAAGCAAGCAGUAAAGAGCUCUCUAAAAAUAAGACUGCAGAUGAAUACGAACCCUCAGGUUUAAUAAAACACAAGCAAAUGUCAAAUGAACAAGAUAAUCAGUUGUUGAAACCAAAGAAGAUGAAAGAUUCCCUAAAUCCAAGAAAGGUCAAGCAAAAAGCUGAGUCAGACAUAGGGAAAGAAAUGAAUGAAAGUGGUCAAAAAUGCAUUGCAGAUUAUUUGAAUGAAAAUAUACCCAAAGUGCCUGCUUACCUUGAUGUCUCACAAAAGGAUUAUGUGACAGAAAAAAGUCUUUAUAUAACAUCACGGAGGAGACCUUUAAAGCAUUUCCAUGGCUGUGAAAGAAAAACUCAGAACAUUAGAAACGAAAGCAUUUCCUUUUCUGCUUUUAUGUCUAGGAUUAAAAACUCUAACUCGGAGAAAUGUCAUUUAAUUGAUUCUGAAGAAAAAGAUGAGAACCAAAAUGACUCCAGGUCCCUUCAGGAUGUGGUCAGCUGCAGCAGUGACAUAAGUGACAGUGGAAAAGAUUCUAGUGGAAGUUUCUUUAGCAGUAAAUCCAGUUCAAACAGCAAGUAUUCAGAUAAUGAAGGAUGUGGAAAUUACACAAGAUGCUGGAGAUUCCCAUCUCCUCAAAAGUCCUCGUCUGGCAGACAUUCCAGCUAUUCUGACGCUUCAGUUAGCAGUACAAGUAGCUACAUGAGUCCCACAUCAAACAAUCACAGAAGAAAUAAUUUGUUUUGUUGUUGUAAAAGAAAAAACAAGACAGAUAAAAGACACAAACACAGAAAGCACAAGUGUAUUUUCACUUCAGAUGAUACAGAUGAGGAUUAUCUUUGUCAUAGUAGAAGUCACAGAACUAGAAACUGUAUUCAGAGUGGCACAAUUAAAUAUCGAAGAUGUUCAAGACAUAAACUUUUACAAAUCAGAGACAGGUCCAAACACAGCAGAUGUAGACAUCGGCAUUUUGGCAAAGUGCUUAGUAGGAGUAGCUGCCACAAAUCCAAAAGUGAUUCCACUAGUGAUUCAAGAAGCAGUGAAAGAUCAUCUAGCAGCAGAAUAUCAAGAUGCAGCAGUUCGGGAUCCAUCUCAAAAGAGACUGACAACUGUGACAACAAAACAAAAGAGGAUUCUGAGAGAGGUUCUAACACUGAACCAGGAAAAGCUGAAACUGCACAUUCCAACUCCCUGAAUGUGAAUAGUCAGUCAAAAAACUUUGCCACCUGCUCUUCCAAAAACCUGGCAAAAGACAUAUGUGAAAGAAAGUCAAUGACAGCCAAGUUACUUCUAGAAAGAGUGCAGUCUAAGAAAACCCAGGAACAAAUGCAUGAUCCAGAGAGAUUUUCAAUCAGUAGUGGGAUAGAAUUAAAGGAUCACUCACAAAGUCACUUUGCUCUUCAGUUUUCAUCAUCAGUAGAUGACAUUGCAAUGUUACCUUUGCCAGAGAAAGUGCUAAGCAAAGGUAAAAAUGACAUGAGACAUAAUGAAAUCAGUUUGCUGGAAAACAGUGUGAAGAAAAACAACACUGAAGCAUCAGAGAUAACAAAUGUUACCCUUUCACCUGGAACUGAUUAUGAUCAUUGUGUUCUUAAAGACAUAAUUCAAAUUGAAACAGGCUAUCAGAGCCCAAGCAUAAAAAGGAACACAGCAAUAAAGGAACAAACCAGUCUCUUCUUUAGUGAAGUGCAACCCUUUAUACAAAGCUGUGAUCCAGUACCAAAUGAUUUCCCUGGUGCUUUUCCCUCUAAUAGAUAUUCUGUUGCUAAUUCAACAGAGACCAAAGAAGAACUACAUGAUGUAAACAUGGACUUGAACCGAGCAGAAGGCAGUUCAGACUCUUUUUGUGACAAUGCUAUGCAGAAGUAUGGUGAUACACUAAAUGACCUAGAAGUGUACAGUAAACCCACCUCCCCUCCUUUAACACAGCAGCCUAUCACAUUUACACCAGAAGAAGUAGACAAAUACAGAUUGCUGCAGCUGCAAGCCCAGCAGCACAUGCAGAAACAACUUCUGGCAAAACAUCUGAAAGUUUUGCCUGCCCCAGGACCAGCUGCCUUCUCUGCAACACCAGCAGUUCCUGCCCUCCCUGUUCAGCAGCAGGCGACUGUCACCACCAUCCACCACACGCUGCUGCAGCGCUUUGCUGUCUCGGCAUCUGUGCACCCCCACGGCAGCCAUCUCUCCCUGGCACCCCUCCACCCCCUCUCUCAGGCACAUUUUGCCCCCAUAUCACUUUCCCCUUUAACACCAGCCCUUAUUCCCACCCACCCUGCUUUGCUGACAGGACAUCCACUGCACUUGGUGUCUGCCACUCCCCUCCACCCUUCCCCACUGACCUUCCCUGCACUGCCUCACGCUGCAUAUAUCCCAGCCUUAUUUACACCACACCUGAACACAGCCACACCCUCUGCUAUACACCCAAACCACUUAGUUCAUCCCUUAUUCCAAGGACAAGAGCCCCAUCACUAUUCUUGUUCUAUCCAAGCCCAACAGUUACCUACAGCAAAAGAAGUUUUCAGUGUUUCUAGCUACUUAAACUAGCCCAAAUGAUUUC